ACAAAUUCUGGAUCAAAAUCUGGUUGGUUUCGUUUUGUGUGAUCAUGCUAGGAACGAACACAGCGCAGAAGAAUCUCAACUGAAGGCCAAGAGUGUUACGUCAUCAUGGCAUCUGCCGUGAAUGAAACCGAGUUGUCAGAUGUUGACUGGCUUGUGAUGAGGGCACGAAGUUUCCCCAAGACGGACCCAUAUUCGGCAAAGGCAUGGCUUAUCACCGCCAAAUCGUUAUUUCCCCAGUCUUUUGUGAUUCAGUUUGAAUCUUACUUGGUUGAGAAGGCAGCUAAAAAUGUUGAUGAGGCAGCAAGACAUCUACAAGACAUGUUGCAGAAUUUUCCAACAGAGCCUAGACUCUGGUCAGAGGUUCAUGAUAUUCUAGAAUCACUGCAGAGGGAGUCUCAAGAUCAGAGAAUUACUUUCCUCACAGAGCUGUUUGCUGCUAUUCCAACGUCCACACAGUGCUUGAUGCUGCUGCGAGUGUCGGAGGGGAUUUCAAAUGUCCUUGAACGAUGUCAGCUACUACUUCUUGCCAUGCGAAAAUUUCCUAAUCUGGUUCAAGAGCAUGGGUUGAAGCUGGUGGAGAUGUUAGUGACAGAGGAGACCAACUCGGGCAUAGUGAGCAAUCCAGUCAACUGCUACAGGAAAUUACUGGUGUGCGAUGUCAUGCCACUGGUUUUGCAGAAGAGUGGUCAUCUUGAGGUAAACAUGUUUCAUCUGUACAUUUGGUUACAAAGAGCCAUUGAGUUCUACGUCAGCUACGUCUCUCAGCCAAACCCAAGCACGGACUCAUCGGGAGAAACAGAUGCUAACAAAGGAGCUCCUAAGCCACGUGGAAUAUCCGGAUUGCCUGAAUCAGACAUGCAAGUUCCCGACCCAUGGGGAAGUCUCCUCAAAUUGCUUCUUCUCAUUGGCCAGCGCUUGAACUGGGACAUGGAGCGGAACCUGGUCAUGAAGUCAAAACAGUACCAAAUACAGUCUCUACAACAUCAGCUGAUAAGGACGGGAGCUGCGAUCCUCGAGUCCAACAGCAAGCAGGUCCUGCACACGGCCAUGGUUCUGUUUGUGUACGCGCUGGUCAACUACGUGGGAUACGUCGACACCGAAUCCUCCACCGCAGUUGGUUCAAGUCACCUUGUACCCAUCAUCUUAUUAGAAAGUUUAACGACUUUCAAGUCAGAGACAUCAGCUCCAUCUCGGGCCAAGAAAGCCAAAGUUGACAGUGGCCAGACUCCCGUGAUCAACCCGUCUCCAGCAGUGACAGCCUUUCCUGUUAUCUUUCAACUCUUUGAAAUGGGGAUCAAGUGCUUUGAGCUACUCAAUUCUUCAGAAGAAAUGAAAUUUGAAUUUUUUAACUUGUGUCAAAAAUGGAGGAAAGAGACUCAAAGUAUGAUGAGCUAUUUUCAGACUGACAUGUACAUAUACCAGGCAAAUUAUGAAGAGGCCAUUGGGCAGUUACAAAGUCUUUGCCAUUCUGCUCAAGGCAGGCUCAAGACCCGAGUUUUACUUCAGCUGGCUUGUUGCUACUUUUGUAUGAAAAAGUAUACUGAAGCGAGUGAGACCGUCAUGGGCAUCAUCGAGAGUAUUCCAUCCCAGGGGGCGUCGGCACCGGCUUUCAGCAUGGAGGAGUGCGUGGAGGAGAAACCCUCAGCCAACGCACGUGUGCUGGUCAUGUUGCCCUGUACAGACGUGGAGGUCUUGCCCUUCUGUCUACAGCUGCUUAUCACUGGCUUGAAGGAGAAAAUGUUGUCAUCCCAGAGAACAGACACGUGUCUUGCUCACCUCAUUAUCCUCGUGCAGUAUGACUGGCCCAAACAGGAAGCUUUGUUCAGCGAGGUCAUCUCCGUCAUCCAGAAGCAAGGCAGCUUCACGUACAAUACGUUCUUUUCCUACGUACACGAGGUGGAUAUUCUGGAAGAGUUUGCUUUCUUAGACACCCCAGAAGGAGGGGGCGGGGGAGGAAAAGUUACCCUGGACAUCAUGCCAACCAGCACCAAGGCUUUAGCGCAGCAAAGAACUGUAACGAGGGGUGUCAACAAGGGAGUGAAGGAGGAUUUCAAGGCAGCUCUGGAAAAGCAAGUUGGGCACAUCACAGAGUCAAGCGAUGUUGUUAUUCGAAGGUUUUUGAAAGAUGAGAGGGACGAAAUCCUUAAAUGCCUUUCAUAACUUUCUAUGUUAUAUAGGAUGAUUUAAUUUGAAUACUGCAGCAAAAGAGAUGUAGUGAGCAGGUCUGGUCUGUGAUGACACACAUCAGGCUGUCUUGCACGUUUUUACUUGAGAAACUCCUGUGUUGCAUUUGCCCUGUGGGGAGGAGCAUUAUUGUUUUGGAAAGUUAUAUGCCUCCCUUGCAAUUCUUCAUUCCUUAUGAUAAAAGGCACCGCUACUGUCUGAAGAAUGUCUUCCUUCAGUAUAUAUACGCUACUGCAUUUAGGCGAUGAUAUAGUCGAUCGAGAGUUGUGUGUCCGUAAUCAACCGUGCCUCCCCAGAGGAUAAGGAUUCCGCUGCCUUGGUUUUGAGAUUCUGCUAUUGUUUCUCGAUGAAAUCUUUCAUUCACUUUGAACUUCUCCUCGUGCGUACAUUAUGGUCAUUAAGUAAUUAAAGUUUAUUUUGCAACUGUACAUUUUGGAGUCACCGUCUUCAAAUGCCUUCCAUGCAAAGACCAUCAAAGAUGUCCACUGUGUAUUUUUAACAUUUGGUAGAGCCGAAAAUUUGCUUUUACAUUGAUGCGUCGCUUAUUAAGAUUUUGAUUACUGAAUGAUUUUGGUAAAAUUGCAUAAUCUUAAAAAGUGUCAAGUAAAUUCUACUCUUGAGUAAAAGAUCAAUUUUGCCUUUGUACAAGUACAAAAUGAAUGAAUAAUGCAACAUGACUGUAUGUAUUUAUGUGGUCCUUAAAGUGUUUUAAAAUGAUAUUUGUAUUAAAAAGUAAAUUAAUUCGUA